CCGGUUUGACGGAGAUCGGGAGGCGGGAUAUCUCCAUCUGUGUUUUCUUUUGGUUUGACGGGGUUUCCGCUGAUCAUUGUAGAUGUUCGCUGUCAUUCUGGCUUUGUCGUUGUCGUUGUUGUUUUUUUCUUUGUUCUCCCCGAGAUCUCAUACGCAGAGGGAAGUAUCGAUCCCGAUUUUUCUGCACCGUCUCGGAGACGUUCUUCUUUUUCUUUCUCUCAUUAAACGGAUUCCAUUUGCUUCGGAUACACAAGGUCGGCUUGCCUUCACGUGCAAGCCCCAAUUCAUCGAUAAAUCAAUGUCUUUUUUCCUCGCCAUUCUGCAUAAUUUCUGUCUGAUGAGCUUACAAGCAACUGUGGCUGUAGAGCGGUUUCUGUAGCCCGUCUCGUUGAUUUUACCAUCAUUGUGGACUACGGUGCUCGUCAUAGAGGACUGACUUUCGUGGAUAUGGUCCAUGUGCUGUGUUCCUACUACUUGCA